AUGAAGCCCUCCCUACUCACUGUCACUAAAACAACGAGCCCGAAGGAGCUGCCUCCCUCUAAGAGCCUUAUCUUCGGACAAACAUUCUCAGACCAUAUGUUGAGAAUCCCCUGGACUGACGCUACUGGCUGGGGGGCACCCAGCAUUGUACCUUUCAGCACUAUCAAUUUGUCCCCUAGCUCUACCGUCCUUCAUUAUGCUCAAUCUUUAUUUGAGGGUAUGAAAGCCUACAGGCACGCGGGUGGCACCGUGACCUUAUUCAGGCCUGAAAUGAACAUGAAACGUAUGAAUACCAGCGCACAGCGGCUAGUGCUUCCCGCAUUCAACGGCAACGCGCUUAUUGAAUGCAUAAAGGCGUUGGUCACCAUUGACCGUAAAUGGAUACCUAAUGAGCCCGGGCACAACACAUUAGUUAUUGCUCCCCCAAAGGAAGCACUCCUUUUUGUGAUUACCUGCCCUGUAGGGCCAUACUACCCUCAAGGAUUCAAGCCUGUGCCGUUAUAUGGCACUACGGAGUAUAUUCGCGCAGCGCCCGGAGGCAUCGGUGCAUAUAAACUUGCUGCGAACUACGGCCCCUCCAAUCAGGGCUACGCACAAAACUUGUGGUUACAAGGCCCCGGGCACUGGCUCACGGAGGCGGGCACUAUGAACUUGUUUGUUGUUAUUAAGGACAGGGGUGGUGUGAGCGAACUCAUCACGCCUCCUCUUGACGGAAUGAUUCUCCCGGGUGUCACCCGCGAUUCUGUGUUAACACUCGCGCGUAACCAUGUUUCCGGCGUUAAGCGCCUCCAAGGUCUUCCUGAUACCAUCAAGGUCUCGGAGCGUCCCAUCAACAUGGCCGAGAUCGUCCAAUCCUCGAAGGAGGGACGACUUGUCGAGUUAUUUGGAACUGGCACGGCGGCUGUUAUCAGCCCUGUCGAGAGAAUUGGAUACAACGGAGGUGAAGUCAUGAUACCAACUGGUGAAGACGGUAUGGGUCCCGUCUCGAGGCCACUUUGGACAGAGCUGGUGGGUAUCCAGACGGGAGCUAUCAACAGCGACUGGAACUACGUGGUAGCAACGAAGUAGUGCGGAGGCUGUUCAUACCGGGUAUCUACGUGUGCUUUCUUAGCUAGAACCUAUAUUCCUUUGUACAAGAUCAUGUAUUGGCGCUCGCUGGCGUAGGAUACGGGAUAUCAAUUACGAAGGCGCACACAUGCAUACAGAAAGCCACAUCUAGGGUGGGCCCGGCAUAUGAAUAUUUGAAUGACCAUUGCUGACAGUGGACGACUUUCCGUAGGCUUGAUUAAAAUAUCAUAUCAUAAGGGAGGCGAGCCGCAAUUCCGCUGCUCAUUUCCAAUGAAUUUACAAUCAUGUUUCGUUUGCCCCCCUCCUUAGGCUAU